CCGACGUCGAUAACACUUAGAUAUCCGACAUGUUUGCCCAUAUGCUGGACUUCCUGAAUCGAUCGCCACCGGAUCCUGUGCGUCUUCCGUUGACCAGCAGCCACUGGCCGGUGUUGACCAUCCUUGGAAUCUAUCUAGUCUUCAUAAAAAUAGUGGGUCCUUGGUUUAUGCAGAAUCAAAAGCCCUACAAUCUGGAUAGAGCUAUCAAGAUCUACAACAUCGUGCAAAUCGCAUACAAUGUCAUUUUGUUAAUAUUUAGUGUGCACUUCAUGCUUGGUCCUGGCAACUAUAACUUCAGUUGCAUAUCCAAUCUGCCGUUGGAUCAUGAGUACAAGAACUGGGAGCGUUGGCUCAGUUACUCCUACUUCUUCAACAAGCUCAUGGAUCUGCUGGAGACUGUGUUCUUUAUAUUCAGAAAGAAGUAUCGCCAGAUAUCGUUCCUGCACGUUUUCCACCACGUAUACAUGGUGUACAUAGGCUUCUUGUACAUGUAUUAUUAUGGAUACGGCGGCCAUGGAUUCUUCUUGAUCACCUUCAACGUGGUGGUGCACACCAUGAUGUACACCUACUACUACCAGUCGUCCCUCAAUCGGAACUCGGGUGGCGAUCUCUGGUGGAAGAAAUACAUCACAGUCGUUCAGCUUGUCCAAUUUGUUAUUAUAUUCUCGCACAGCGUCUAUAUCCUCCGGCAAACUGAUUGUCAAACAUCACGAUUAUCGGCAACUUGGGGCUCACUGAUAUCUGUAGUAUUUAUAAUUCUAUUUAGUAACUUCUACGUUCGCACCUACAUUCUUCCCAAGAAAACGAAAUCGGCGGUGGGCCGAUGAGCAAAACUAAUUAAGAUUUAAUAUCACUGUUCCUUACAUUAAUCAAUGUCAUUAAUAAAUGCUUUUGAUACAAC